CAAAACACCAUACAUAUGAAAUAAUUUAAAAGAAAAAACAACAACUUUUCCUGCACUCCAUCCUAAACAGCUUCAUUGAAAUGGUCAGAAGAGACCUCUUAGUUGUCGUGAGAUUAACCAAACAUAUUGUUAAAAUCAGAUUUUGAAAACCAGUCCCGAUUUGGGGUAUUGGUGGGCGACUUAUUCAAGCCAGGUUACCAACAAUUGAGGCGUUGAAUGAGAGCAUUGGAAAUAUUCUGCUAGAGUUAGAGAUUCUUGCGGAACAGAGAGGAAGCCCGCGGUCAAGGUUCUUUCGAAAGGUUGGGUCCCUGCUGGAGGUUGUUCAGUCCAAGGCAGCACUUGACGCCCCCAAGCAGCGGGACUGCGUUUUCUCCGGUUCCCCGACUUUGCUCUGCAGGAGUCAAGUUAAAGAAGGGUUCAUUGUCAUUGCAUUUCCAGAAAGGAGGAAAAAAAAAGAAGUCUCUCAGCACACGAAUGUACGCUCUUUCAAAAACGCUUCUUCCCUAAAGCGGACGAUCCACACUUCUACAUUUCUUUCUCGUUAAACUCAGUUUAAGUGAAUCCCCUGAGCUCGCAACGCGCUUCUGAAACUGACCCUUCCGAGGAGCAGUGGAGUGACGUCAUCGCGGCGCGACGACAAACCAGAAGCCCUGGCUCCUUCACCUGGCAGUGCUGCCCUCGCCUCUGUCCUGCUGCUACCGCGAUGGACAACCCUGGGGAGUCGCCCACAGACAAAGGCGGAGAGCCAGCGGAGUCAGAGGAGGUGAGGGCUACUCCUGGGGUCCCGGCGGCCGCCGACACUGAGGGAAUCCCAGAGGAAACCGACGGAGAUGGAGACGCAGACGUGAAAGAAGCCGCGGCGGAGGAAAGCGAGCUCAAGAGUCAGGAUGUCUCCGAUUUAGCAACAAUGGAGAGGGAAGACUCGUUACUUACUCCUGCAGCCAAAAAGCUGAAACUGGACACCAAAGAGAAGAGGGAAAAGAAACAGAAAGUGGACGAAGAUGAGAUUCAGAAGAUGCAAAUCCUGGUCUCUUCUUUUUCUGAGGAGCAGCUGAACCGUUAUGAAAUGUAUCGCCGGUCAGCUUUCCCUAAGGCAGCUAUUAAAAGGCUGAUCCAGUCCAUCACUGGUACCUCUGUGUCCCAGAAUGUUGUGAUUGCCAUGUCUGGUAUUUCUAAAGUUUUUGUGGGGGAGGUGGUAGAAGAAGAUCUGGUCCGAGAGUGCUCCAGACUUGUCGUAGUCGGGCUUCCACACUGGUGCUCUGUUGUCGGUGCUCCAAGGACCCACGAUGAACUUGGGAUCAUCUGCCAUGAAGACAGUCACAAGGGUGAAAUACUUCAUGCUGUUAACAUUUCAGAUUCUCCUGUGGAUUUUGUGAGUUAUCACUAAACUUUUCCGACUUGGGUGGAAAAGUUUAUUUUAUUUUGUUGCAGGCAAAAUUCAUCAUCCUUCCAGCAUCUAAAUAAAACUAACUGGUCUUGGCUUUUUCUUUUUGGUUUUUGGAGA